GAUAACAAUACAUCGGCUUCCUCCGCUUAUAAGCUCACCUCAAGCUUCGAAUCCAACCAAAAGAAUCUCGCACUUUUCUCUUCUCAAGGACAGCAAGCUCAAAUCUCACGAACUUCACAAUCUAAAAACCCCUUUUCAACAAAAUGUCUGCUCUUAAGGCCGGUGACUCUUUCCCCGAAGGUGUUACUUUCACCUACGUCGCGCCCAGCGGUGACACAGACCUUACCGUCUGCGGUCUUCCCAUUCAGUAUGAUGCCAGCAAAGAAUUCGCGAACAAGAAGGUCGUCCUCGUCGCCGUUCCUGGUGCCUUCACCCCCACCUGCCAGCAGCAGCACGUCCCCUCGUAUCUGGCCAAGCUCGAGGAGUUCAAGUCCAAGGGCGUCGACCAAAUUAUCUUCAUUGCCAGCAACGAUGCGUGGGUAAUGGCCGCUUGGGGCAAGGCCAACGGUGUUAAAGAUGAGUCUAUUCUUUUCAUGUCCGAUGCCGACUGCAAGUUCAGCAAGACCAUCGGCUGGACCCAGGGUGACCGCACCAAGCGCUAUGCUAUUGUCAUCGACCACGGCAAGGUUACCUACGCCGAGUUGGAUGAGGUGCCUAAGAGCAUCGCCAACACUGGUGCCGACGGUGUCCUGGCUAAGCUCUAAAUAGAGAAAAGGGGGCUUGGAAAAGCCAAGGCAAAGAAACAAAACAAAGGCAAACAGUAAUCAUCAACACCGGCAAAACUCAUAUACUGUGGUUGCGAGCAAAA